CCUCGUAGACUCGUAGUUACAACCUUCGCGUUCUUGACCGUGCGAAUUCCAACACUCUUCUUCGUUUCGUCUUCUCGUCCUUCGAAGUUUCUCCAGAUCUGAGCCCCUUCUCCGAGGUCUUCUCUCCCUUUCUCUCUCUCGUUCUUGGGUCUUCUCCUCUCGAGAUCCACCUCUCUCCUUGAUCCUUGGUACUCCGUUGUUGUCCUUUGGUGCAGGAAUGGCGGAGGACGGCGUCUCUUCGAAUUCGCGCUAUGUGAAGCUCACAAAGGACCAGGAUGCUCCCAUGGAGGAGAUCCGGCCCGGAGAGCUCAACCAACCCGUUAGGGUUCCUCAGUUGGAGGUUCGCAAGUGCGUUGAGUGCGGCCAGCCGCUUCCGGAGAGCUAUUCCCCUCCGGCGGAUGAGCCUUGGACUACCGGGAUCUUUGGAUGUGCGGAUGAUAUGGAUAGCUGUUGGACUGGGUUAUUUUGCCCAUGUGUGUUGUUUGGCCGUAAUGUCGAGCGCAUAAGAGAAGAUAUACCCUGGACAAGGCCAUGUGUUUGUCAUGCUAUUUGUGUUGAAGGAGGUGUUGCACUUGCCGCUGCUACAGCUCUGAUCCAUGGUAUUGAGCCAAGAACUGCAUUUCUGAUUGGAGAAGGGUUGUUAUUUACUUGGUGGAUGUGCGGUAUCUAUACUGGUAUUUUCAGGCAGCAGCUGCAAAAAAAAUAUCACCUCAAGAAUUCUCCAUGUGAUCCAUGUAUGGUCCACUGCUGCAUGCAUUGGUGUGCAAACUGCCAGGAACACCGAGAAAUGAAGAAUCGUCUAUCGGAAAAUGCGAUUAUGCCAAUGACUGUCGUCAAUCCACCGCCUGUGCAGGAGAUGAACAUGAAUGAAAGCCACGAAAUCCCUGUUGCUGAGAACAAUGGUGAACAAGGCCAACGCGGUGCUGCCUUGGAGAUGCAUCCCUUGUAGGGUAGGUUUGGAUGAUAAAUACAUUGAUGCGGUUUUCCGGUUUUCUGAGUUGACUGUUUUCUUUGGACAUUUGUUGGUUGCUCAAGUUACUAUUUUUUCUUACAUACCCAUAUAUAUAUAUACAUGCCAAAAAGAAAAAAGCUAGUAAUUAUUGAGGAAAUUUGUCAUGAAUAUACACUCUUUUUUGGAAAUAAUGUGUUCAGCUUUUUAAUUUGCA